UUAGUCAAUACACAUAUGUAGUUAUGAGCAUAAUCUGAGUAUAAUUUGAAAAUUCAACGGCGCCGACGACCCUACACCAAAUUCCCCAACAUAAUUUGGUCCUUCGAGCCGGAUAAUAAUCUGGAUCAAUUCAAAAUCUUCCGGCGCAGCGGCUAGCGAAGUCUCACGGAGAACGAACAAACGAAGUCACCAAGAAAUCUCAAGGAGCAACCAUCAGGUCAAUCCAUCCAAUUAUUACCCCAAACCAGAGCCCAGUUCAUUUGUGUUAACGUCGUUAUUUUUCGCAAAUUUCCAGCGCACGGUGUACGAUAAUUGUGCGGUCUACCUACAUCGGAUUCGAACGCACGUCGAUUACCGGUUAACUGUAAGUACUUGAUUCUUUACUCUUGCAGACCACCAAUAUGAAUAACAAAAGACAUUCGAUUGUAGAAAUAGAAAAUAGUGUAGAAAUCAUUCGCGAAUUAGUGAAAAAAAGAGGUACCGUUAAACGAAAAUUAACUUUAUUCUCAAAGUACGUUAAUUCAUUAGAUGGAUCGCAGUUAAAGGGCGCUCAGAAAGCGGAAUUAGAAGAGCGUUAUGAACCUUUUAAAUUAUUAAUCGAUCAAUUUUCUACUUUACAAGAUGAAUUAGACUGCUAUGUAUUGGAUAGUGACCUAGAUGGAGAAUUGCUAGAGAGAGAAGCGUUUCAGAAUCAGUUUUACGCAGUUGUGGGUAAGGUAAAAUGUAUUCUUAAGGAUAAUUCCAACCCAAAUUCUGAGGUUCAAAGUCGAACUUCUAACCAUAUGAAGUUACCCACAAUUUCUUUACCCAAAUUCGACGGUUCGUAUGACCAAUGGCUCGAGUUUCGCGACACUUACUUAUCCAUGAUUCACAAUAGUAACGGUCUAGAUAAUGUUCAGAAGUUCCACUACCUACGUUCAGUGCUUACAGGUGAUGCAUUACAAGUAGUAAAGGCACUCGAGUUUUCAUCUGACAAUUACUUAGUUGCUUGGAGUCUCUUGGAGAAUAGAUAUAAUAAUGAUAAUCUGCUAGUUAGUAAUCACGUUAAAGCUUUAUUCUAUGCACAAUCAAUGAAUAAAGAAUCAGCUGUUCAAAUUCGUAGACUUAUAGAUACAGUUUUAAGAAACAUGCGGGCGCUAAAAACUUUGGAUGAACCUACAGAUACGUGGGAUACAUUAAUUAUCCAUGUAGUCACUUCGAAGUUAGAUUUUUCAACUGAUCGCGAAUGGGAAAGUCAUAAAAGUACCCUCCCGAAAAUAGGAAAAUUAAAACUGUCUCAAUUGAUGAAGUUCCUCACGGAUCGUGCUGAUUUUUUGGAAUCGAUAAGGCCUCAAAGCAAACAGUCGUCAGACUCACACACAAAGAAACAGUCAGUCACAAAAUCAUGUUAUAACACGCAAAGAUAACAAUAAUAAAAAAUCAUCUCAAUCACCACGUUACAAAUGCUCUCAGUGCGGUUCCAACCACCCCGUGUACUCAUGUGAAGA